GAGGAUGAGUGACACCCACCUCCCCUCAGUCGAAAUGCUGUCGAGAAGCUGUGGAGCCAGAGUCCAGAUGAAACCUCAGAGCCGUUCUCUUUUCUCACUCCUGUUUCUGCUGCUUCUUCCUCAUCCCUCACGUCUUUAUUCAUUUAAGAAAUGCUCCACAGAUUUGAAGGAUCAAAGUCGAUUUGUGUGCUCUUCAAAAGAACUUCCCAAUAUUCCCACUGACAUACCCAAAUCUGCCACAGGUAUAAAUUUACAAAUGAAUAAAAUACAGAGCAUCAGACGGACAGAUUUAAUUGGAUUCUACAAACUUGAGAUAUUAAACCUGGACCUCAACAAGAUCUCACACAUUGAAGAUGGAGCCUUUUCAGACUUAUCAGCUUUAACACAGCUGACUUUAGCUCUCAACAAUCUCAGAAACCUGAAUGACAACAUGUUCACGGGACUGUCCAACCUGUCAGAUCUUAUAAUAAAUGAUAAUCAAAUAAUUUCCAUUUCAAAGUUUGCAUUCAAGCCUUUACAUAAACUGCACACUUUGUAUUUGUCAUUUAACUAUCUGGUCAGUAGUGACAUUGCUAACAUACUGAUGCACUGUCCAUCAUUAGAGAUAUUAUAUUUGGCUUAUAACAACCUCACUUCAUUUGAGUACUAUAAUUUGCCAUUUCCAUCAUUAAAAACCUUAAAUCUUGUGGGAAACAAUAUAACUGUGUUUGAACCUGACAAGUCCCCAUUUCUCUUCAUGAACCUCACAGAACUGGAUUUGGACAAGAACCCUCUGAGGAGGCUGAGCGUUCACUCAGAUGUGUUUCCUCAUUUAAACUCACUGGGUUUGGCUUCAAUGAUGGAACCUGUCAUUGAAUGGGACGUUUCUAACAAAGACUUUUUCAGAGGUUUGUCCAAGUUGGAGUUGUUGGACACUAGUUUUGAUAUCCGAACUUAUCAAUUGCUUUUCAAACUUGUUGAUUCAGUUGACAACCUUAAUCUAGAUAGACUUGGUAGAUUAAUUGACAAAGUUCUGUUGGACUUUGCUUGCAGUAUCCCAUCGCUACAAAAGUUGAGUUUAGGCUGGAAUAACAUUUCAAUUCUAAAUGAUAGUCUUUUACAGUCCUGUGCCAAUCUGACAAAACUGGACCUCGGAUAUAAUUCAAUGACCGACUUAACUGAAGCUUCACUUCAAAUGUUGACACGACUAAUUACCCUAAAUCUGGACAGUAAUCAUUUCUCCAGAAUACCAGUGGCCAUUAGAAACAUGACCACACUGAAACAUCUAUCCUUUGAUCAAAACAAGAUCACAGAACUUCAGUGUUUUGAUUUUCUUAAUUUAAUAUCUCUAAGAAAACUUUCUCUUGCAAACAAUGCCAUUCUUAAAAUAAGCAGUUGUGUUUUUAGGAGUCUUCCAAACUUAGAAAUUCUCAAUGUUGCAAAUAAUCGACUUCUUCAAUUAACUUUUGAUGGGACCUUAACAAAAUUGAGAUCUCUACUUGUUGGUGGAAAUAAUAUUGGAUUGCUUCUCAAAGGCACAUUUCAUAAUAUGUCCUCUCUCACAUAUUUAAACUUUUUUAAAGAUAACAGUGCAGUGACUGCACUAGAAGCUGGUGCGUUUGAAGGCCUGUACAAUCUCACAGAGCUUGAUCUUUCAACAAAUUCAUUCAGUGGAGAUACAUUUGCAGGUUUACCCAAACUGGAACGAUUGUUUUUAUCCCUCCACAACCCCGUAGCAGGUUCACGCUCAUCCAGUGGCUCUUUGUAUUUGCCGUCACUACAGAACUUGGAGGUCAAAGUUAAUAGUAGGGCAUGUUUACCUCAGCAACAAGAUGUUUUAAAAGGUUUGGGCAAUUUAACAACUUUCAAAUCAACAAAUUUUUUCUGUGAAACGCCUCAUCAGAACACAUUUAUUUACAGUCCUCAUUUAGAAGAACUUUCUAUUGCAAACAGUGAGGAGUUUGAUGCACUUCCAGAGCUAUUUCAUCCAUUAAAACAGUUAAAAACUCUACAUCUGACAUAUACCAAUAUCAAAUCUGUGGAUUUUCUGUCCAACGCAAAUCUGACCAGACUGGAAGUGUUGAGCUUAACCAAUAAUGAGAUAAAACUAGUGAAUGAGACUAUUUUUAAGGCACUCCCAUCACUAAAACACGUCGACUUAUCUGGAAAUCCAUUUGCAUGUAACUGCUCAAACGAUGGGUUUAUAGACUGGGUGAUCAGAAACAAACAAGUCCAAGUGGUCAAUGCUUUUCAGUACAGAUGCUCCUCUCCUCCGUCUGAAGAAGGAAACUUUUUGCUGGACUUCAAUGUGCAGUCAUGUUGGGAGUUCACUGGCUUCCUCUGCUUCAUCUCCAGCUCUGCUUUGGUCCUUGUCACUCUUCUGUCCUCCUUCACCUAUCACUUUCUGCGAUGGCAGCUGGUCUAUGGCUACUACCUCCUCCUGGCAUUUCUCUACGACAGUAAAAAGAGAAGACAGGGCUGCCCUUACAUCUACGACGCGUUUGUGUCCUACAACGUUCACGAUGAGGACUGGGUUUACAGAGAGCUACUGCCUGAACUGGAAAGAGUCCAGGGAUGGAGGCUGUGUCUGCACCACUGCGACUUCCAACCAGGGAAACCCAUCAUGGAGAACAUCACAGACGCCAUCUACAGCAGCAGGAAGACUCUGUGUGUGAUCAGCCGUCGAUACCUGCAGAGCGAGUGGUGCUCACAGGAGAUACAGAUGGCCAGUUACCGUCUGUUUGAUGAGCAGAAGGACGUGCUGAUCCUGCUGUUUCUGGAGGAGAUCUCGUCCAAUCAGCUGAGUCCGUUCUACCGCAUGAGGAAGCUGGUGAAGAGCCGCACAUAUCUGAGCUGGACCCAGGCCCGGAACCACAGGGGCCUGUUCUGGGAGAAGGUUCAGAGAGCGUUAGAGUGUGACAACGAACCUGCCGACAGCCACAACCCACUGACUGCUAAUGUUUAUUAGGUGGUAACAGGCUACAGUCAUAGAAGUUUAAUAAGAUCUGGAACGAACCGACAAUGACAUUGUCGUGGUUUCUAAGGACAAAGCUCAUGACGCCAAUUUUUUUUCUUCUGUAUUAAUGAACUGCACGAUCAGUUCUGUCCAAUCAGAACGAUGGCAGGUAGAGUUGAGCUAACACGUUCUUAUGCUGCAUUCGUUUAUUCAUUUGUCUCCCACUCAGAUCUCGGAUACGACGUCACUUCCGCGCUUCAACCAUUUUAUUAUGUUUCGUGAAAAAAAAAGAAAAGCUGUACCAGAUGCUCCAAAAUAAGUCUGUGCUUCAACUACACAACCACAAGAUAGAAUUCAGUAUAAAAAGAAUAAUUCAGUGUAUUAUUGAAGUGAAAGCGUUUGUGUUGAUGGUCAAUCAUUUUUGCACAUUAGCAGGAAAUGCUAAAAACAUGGGCAACACCGACCUCCAAUACAGGAAAGUACUGAAGAAAUACAGAUGCAGUAAAGUACUGAAGUAAUACAGAUACAGUAAAGUACUGCAGUAAUACAGAUGCAGUAAAGUACUGCAGUAAUAUAUAGAUACAGUAAAGUACUGCAGUAAUAUAGAUACAGUAAAGUACUGCAGUAAUAUAGAUACAGUAAAGUACUGCAGUAAUAUAUAGAUACAGUAAAGUACUGCAGUAAUACAGAUACAGUAAAGUACUGCAGUAAUAUAGAUACAGUAAAGUACUGCAGUAAUAUAGAUACAGUAAAGUACUGCAGUAAUAUAGAUAUAGUAAAGUACUGCAGUAAUAUAGAUACAGUAAAGUACUGCAGUAAUACCAGUGAUUAAAAUUGUCAUUUAAACCAUCAAAUCGUCCAAACACAAUGAAAACAGUUCAUACACGUGACACUGGGUGCAGUGUCUUGGAUUCUAUCUCAGAAUCUUUACUCGUUCUCCUCUGAGCUCUUCCAAGUUCUGAGUUUCUCCGUCCGAGGAAAAGGGGCGUGUCAGUGCGUGUCUCUAGGCAACAUCCUCGGACCUCCGAGUCGGAUGAUACACGAAUGCACCAUUAGUGUGGCUAGGCUAAAUUUUUACAAAACUAUGAUUUAGAUGCUCUGAGGAUUUAAAUGUAAGAUGUUCAACGAGAAAAAAUCUGUCCUGUGUGAAACUGUCCCUGUCAGGCUUUGAUCACACACAUUUAACUGCACUCACUUGGCUGUUUGUUUUUGUUUGGAGCUCAUAAUCCUAUC